GCCUCUUGCCUCUGGGUGCCGCAGAAAAACCGUUUGUGUUGGUGGUAGUGAUUGACUCUUGAGGUAAUUGAAAGUUAAGCUGGGGGGUUUGUGGUCGUGAGGGGUAGAAGUAGGAAACAUAUUCGGUAGGUGUUUGUGUGGGUUGUUUGGUUUGGAAGUGGUAUAUAGGAUUGGUGAAGGAAAAGAUGCCUCUGAUAACGAGGUCUCCGGAAAUUCAUAUGGAAUGGAGUAUCGACGGAGAUAACGACUUCAACAGAGAAGCCUCUCCAAACAGUUGCAGAGCAAUUGUUUCCAGUCAUGAGGCAGAUUCUUUCUCAGAUGAAGACGAUUUUUCAGACGAAUUGUCUCUGAUCGAUAGCGAUGAAGAAAAACGACUGGAUUUAAGUCGAUUCUCGGUCCAGGCUCCCAAAGAACUGCAAGGUAGGGGAUUUGUAAAGAAAAUUUUCACGAACACACGAGAGAGAUGGAGACAGCAAAAUGUGAGCGGUGCUUUCGCCGAGUUAAGAAAACUUGUUCCAACGCAUCCUCCGGACAAGAAGUUGUCAAAGAAUGAGAUUCUACGCAUGGCAAUAAGAUAUAUUCGACUUUUAACUAACGUUCUGGAAUGGCAGCAGACCAAUUCGACCACCAUCCAAGUAAACAUAAAAUGCGAAGACCUUCAAACUGUCACCAGACAUAGUACAGCUUUGUCCGUAAACCAUAUUAGUCGAAGUAGAAUCAGAUGCCGAAGAAAUGUACUUUCCUCACCAUCAGUACCGGUUUAUGACCGAAACGGAAACAAUUUACUGAUGAUAGCUCCUAACAACCAUUUGCCGUUAAGAAGAAAUGUGCUUCAUAAUCUUGAGAUUCAUGGUAUUAGGUCGGAAAAUAGGGUUAGAAAUGAUAAAGAUGCGGAAAAUGAAAAUAACUCAGAUAAAAGUAAAGAGAACUAGAUCUGAAUGUGCAUUUAAAUGGAUGGAUUUUAUUAUGAGUAACCAUAUUUGAAUAAAAAACAAACCAUCGCAUAUUUAUUUACAAUUCUUACAUUUAGUGUUAUUAAAAUGUACAAGGUUUUCAAUGCGUCGCACAGUGGUCAUUUUAAUUAAUCUAGGAAUUAAUAAUUACAUUUUGACUAUCAAACUGAUUUAGCUGAUACCAUAGUAAUGUCUUUGGCUGAUACACUUUGCGGUUAAAGUUCAUCAAACAAGUAGACCAUACUAAUAGGUAUGGUAGGCUAUUAAGAUCGGCAAAAAAAAAGUUUUUUUAAUUUCACUCA